UUGCUUGCAUUUAUUCGUGUCAGUGCAUUCGUCAUCAACCUGCCAUUGCAAUUCCAUGCUUUGAAUAGAUAAACGCACACCUCUCAACCAAAAAUAAACCGGGCUCAUUAUUUGUUUCUGACCAACACGUAGUGUGUCCAGAGUGGAUUUGUAGAAGUGGUCGUCUGGAACAUUCUAUCAGCGGGGACUGGAGAGUCUUUGGGGGGGGGACGAUCAUCUGACAUUUGAUUCUCGGGAUUUGACACCGUGAAGGGAAGAUGUCGGGGCAGACGCUCACGGACCGCAUCGCCGCGGCGCAGUACAGCCUGACGGGAUCCGAGGUGGCUCGUGCUGUCUGCAAAUCGACCACUCAUGAACAGACGGCGCCGAAGAAGAAACACUUGGAAUACCUGAUCCAGGCGACCCAGGAGACCAACGUCAACGUGCCCCAGAUGGCAGACACACUAUUUGAGCGUGCGGGCAACGCCAGCUGGGUGGUAGUGUUCAAGGCCCUGGUCACCACUCACCACCUCAUGGUGCACGGAAACGAGAGAUUCGUCCAGUUCUUGGCCUCCAGGAACACCCUCUUCAACCUCAGCAACUUCCUGGACAAGACCGGCUCCCACGGCUACGACAUGUCUACGUUUAUCAGGCGCUACAGCCGCUAUCUGAACGAGAAGGCCUUCGCCUACAGACAGAUGUCAUUUGACUUCGGACGAGUGAAGAAGGGAUCUGAUGGAGUGAUGAGGACCAUGUCAGUAGAUAAGUUGUUGAAAGGGAUGCCCAUCUUACAGAGCCAGAUAGAUGCUCUGCUGGAGUUUGAGGUCCAUCCCAAUGAGCUGACCAAUGGCGUGAUUAAAGCCUGCUUCCUGCUCCUCUUCAAGGACCUGAUCAAGUUAUACGCCUGCUACAACGACGGCAUCAUCAACCUUCUAGAGAAGUUCUUCCAGAUGAAGCGAGGCCAGUGUAAAGACGGCCUGGAGAUCUACAAGAGGUUCCUCACCAGGAUGACACGGGUGUCCGAGUUCUUCAAGACCGCUGAGCAAGUGGGGAUCGACAAGAAUGACAUUCCGGAGUUGACUCAGGCCCCGGAGAGUCUGUUGGAGUCCCUGGAGACCCACCUUAACACCCUGGAGGGGAAGAAGCCAGAGGAAAAGUCUCCCAGCAAGGAUACGACAACCAACAACGUCUCCCCCGCCGCCGCCGCCGCCGUUCCGGCUACGACCACCGAGCCUCCCGCUGCCGCCUCUGCCACUGCCGCCAGCGGCCCCCCCGCCAGGCCCGGCCCCCCCGUCCGACCCAGCCCCCCCACCAUCACCUCCCCCCCCAGGAUGUCCACGUAUGUGUGGAUGUCCGUCUCUUAUCUCUCAUCUCCCUGCAGCACUGGCUUCGAUGACCUGCUGGAUCUGGACCCCAUGGCCGCCCCACCAGGGGGCGCUGCCGCAGCCUCCACCACCACCGGCUGGGGAGAUCUGCUUGGCGAGGCGACCUCGGCUGCUACCGACGGCGCCGCGGACGCUCUUCUGGACGAGUCUGACUCUGUCCCUGACUCCGCCCCCGCCACCGAACCUGCCGCUGCUGCUGCUGCGCCCGCAGCUGCCACGCCCGCAGGCGCCGCUGGCCCCGCCCCCGCCUCACUGCCCGUCCCCGCCCCCGCCUCCUCCGCCUCUGACAUGGACCUGUUCGGAGAUGCGUUUGCUCCCUCUCCAGGCGACGGGCCAGCUACGGCAGUACGAGCACCUGCUGCUGAUGCUUUUGGUGGAUCUGACCCCUUCGCCCCCUCUGAGGGGAGCGCAGCCCUGGCUCCAGAGAUGGACCUGUUUGCCAUGAUGCCGUCCGACGCGGGGGCCGUCACCAUCACCCCCACCUCCAGCGAGACUCCGCCCAUCGCCCCCCUCGCUCCGAUUCUGCCCGUGGCCCCCCCUAGGGCCCCCGCCGCCACCACAGAGGCUGCGGCUCCACCUACCCUCGACCUCUUUGGUGAUGUGUAUGAUUCUAUGCCUGAGCACAGCCCCACCACAGAGACCAAGGCAGUCACUCCUAGCGUAGACCUGUUUGGGUCAGACCUCCCUGCCGUCUCCCGUGGGCCCUCUCCGCUGCCCGAAGCCGACAUGGCCGGAGACAUCUUGGUAACGGACUCGUUCUCUGAUCCAGCUCCAGUUCCGGAAGCCUCCUCUCCUCCCAAACCCGAGCCUGAAGCAGUCAUUGACCUGCUAGACACCUUCAGCAGUCCUGCGGAGAUUCAGCCUGCUGCCCCUGGGGGGCCUGCAGACGACCUGCUGGGAGGGCUCAUCUCACCCAGCCUGGCCCCAACAGCUGCCCCUGCCCUCGCGCCCGCUCCAGCGCUCGUCCCCGCCCCGGCCCUGGCCCCGGCCCCCGCCACGCUCCCGCUCCAGAACGACCUGCUGGAGUCUGGCUUCGACGUCCUGGGAUCCCUGCCAUCCCCGACCCCCCCUGUGCCAGCCAUGCCCACCAUGCCCGUCAUGCCCAUCAUGCCUAUCAUGCCAGCCAUGCCAGCCAUGCCCACGGCCCUGUCAACGGAGGAUACAGCUGCUGUGACAGCGCCAUCUGGUGGCUUCGACACCUCAGUGCUGGGGGGUCUAGGGGAGCUGCUCAUGCCUGCUAUAACGCCCCAGAGCACUGGGGGCAGCACAGCAGGAAGUACCACAGGGAGCACUGGCACCCCCGCCACUGUGGGACCACCGCCGGCCACGCCCCCCGCCAAGACCAUCGGGGGAGACCUGGACUCCUCAUUGGCUAACCUGGUGGGAAAUUUGGGGGUGACGAGCCAGAAAAAGGACCAGCAGUGGAAUGAGAAGAAGCUGACAGGAGGGUCUAACUGGAUCCCCCAGGUGGCCCCUACCAGCUGGGGUACACCCGGACCGCAAAUGCCUGGCUUCGCCCCCGGAGCCCCAGGAGCCCCUCCCCCUGGAGGAGCUAUGGCUCCACCAAUGGGAGCCCAGCCCGGCUUUGGCAUGGCCUCUACAGCCGGGCCCGGGGCCCCCAUGAUUCCUCCCAUGAUGAUGGGACAGACCCCCAUGAUGAGACCAGCUCUCACUGGGGCUGCCGCACCUGGAGCGCCGAUUUCUCCUGGUCCUGCCAGUCAGAGUCCCAAGAAGCCCAAGGACCCCCUGGCAGACCUCGACCUCAAGGACUUCAUAUAAACCUCCAUGCCCUCCUCCCCCUCCCUCUAGCUGCUUGUUUUUCUGGAGCAGGGCCCUCCGAUCUGUCUGGUGUUUUACUACGUCCCAAGAUUCCAGAGAUGUUUGUCAGCCCCCCCGCCCCACCCUGCCCUCCGCCCCGCCUCACCCUGCCUUGCCCCGCCCACUUUUGUGUAAUGUUGUAGCACAGACUGUGAAAGUGUUCGUUGGUGUGUGCUCGUGUAGAUGUCCUUUGUCUAAACAAAUCUACACGAAAAAAAUGAAAAAAGUGAAGUGGACAUAAACGAGCAGGAGAGUGGAGGCGGGACUGUUUAGGCUCUUUUUCCCAGUGUCUGCGUUUCAAUUGGAUGACGUGUGUUUAUGCCCCUGGCCCCGCCCCUUGCUCUCUGCGCUGAGCUCCACUCCCUUCUCGAGGGGGUGGGGGCGGAGCUUCACCCCCUGACCGGCCCCCUGGUCAGCUGUAAAGAAGCCUUGUGUGUCCUGCAGAGCGUCGUCUUGAUGUACAUAAACCUGGCAGACAGACACAAAGGCUGUCUAUAUUCUGUAUGUCCGUGGAAGAGAAUAUUGAUGUGAAUCUGAUAUCAAACUCUAUGAAGUCAUGUGACCAUUAUCUCCCGUCGUCAUUUCAAACGUACUUGGAGACAAAUAGUGAAUAUACUGUAUAAUGAAUACAUAUUAAGAAUCAAUGUGUAUGGGCUGAUUCCAACAAGAGUGUCUGGUGAUAUUUAAGGAUAUGUUUAGUUCUCUGUAUUUUAUGUAUUUGUAUUUUUUUAUUUAUUGAAUAUUUUUCUAUUUGUUUGAUAUUUUGGGCGUCUGGUCCUUCUGGUGGCAUCCUUCUCUCCUCUUCUGUGUGAGUGGUUGGUCUCUGGAGCGGACCGGUCCCAUGUUUCUGCUUGUUUUCAGAGAAUACGAUUUCAGUUACUCCAAGGUCAUAUGUAGGUCACAGUCAGUGGGUCCCUCCUGAGCCAUGAUGUCAUAUCAGCCAAUCAGACAGGAUCAGUCAGCAUAUCAGCUGUCUCUAAAAUCACCGAGCCGUUUGUGAAAUCAACCUGUACGGAUUGAUGUCAUGGCCACGCCCAGUUACAGUUAGGGUUAGGUUAUUUUUGUAUUUUAGAGGAGACCGUGCAUACCUUUCCCAUCCUCCUGCUCUGUUGUCAUAUCCUGUUUCAGUCGUGCGGCCCUCCCCUGUGGUUGAACCUGUGGUUUCGUGAGUGGACACGGGCCGGCAGCCUGUGUGUGUGUGCGUGUGUUUGUCUUUACACAGGAGGGCGCUGUUGAACAGUGAGACCCCACUCCCCACCCCACGACCCAUGACCCCACCUCCCCCAGCCCCAGAUAUAGAAGACACUCUGUUUUAAUGUCUAUGAAAGUGACCGUCUCAGACAUUGUUGUGAAAAAAGAUGGUAUAAAACUAUAAAGGGGAAAAAACACUUUCUCAUGAUUGAGCUAAAAAUGUAUUUUUAUUUUUUAAAUUGGUAUG